CCUUUCUCCCUUUGCAUAAAAACCGUUUAGGGACCACCGUCAAGCUAUUCCUUACUUCUCUUUCUUUCUCUCUCUCUCUAUAUAUAUAUUUACACAUCAACAAAGACAAAAACAAAAAAUAGAUAUACAGAUGUUAAUUUUUCUCUUUAAAUUCCCUUGACAUUUUUAUUGACCAUUCAACCGCUUUCUCAAUUGAUUUUUUUUCUUCAAACGGAACUGAUGUUGCUGCUGCUGCUUUUGACUCAAUCAGCAUAACUGAGGUGUCUUUACAAAAGUAGAAUGAUAAAGUCAAAAGGAGUCUAAAAGUUGAUGCUUUGGAAAGUAAAUAUCCUGUCAGUAAGUGUAAUAGGACUGGAUACUGCGCUAAGUUGAGCCACAAUCAGGCUACAGUACCGGCAAGAAGUAGCAGGAGAUAAACAGUUAAGAAAGCAUCUCUAGAUUUCAAUUCCUUGCAAAUUACAAGAAAGAGGAGAAGCUAUUGCAUUAAGCAAGCUCGUUCUUCUAUUUGGGGUUUGCUGGGAAAUAUGGGGCAAGCCGUUGAACACAACGGCGUGCUCGAGAUAGCUCAAAGUGAGCGCAAUAAAUCAAAAACAACAAAGAAGGGUAAGGGAAAUGGGAGGCAGGGUAAGAAUCACACUGGUCAAAACUCGAAAUCAAAGGGAAAAAUCUCCAUUCCUACAGGCCCCAUCUCCUUGAAAGUUAAAUUUGGUUCACGUUGCCUGAUGGAUGUUGUUCCUCUUAUUGAUGAUCACAUGGACAAACAGUGUGCUACUGGAAAAGAAUUGCCAAAUGUAGCCAGAAAUUUUGAUGAUCGGCUGGAGGCAGAGUUGCCCAGGUGCAAUGUAAAUUUGGAUAAUGUGUAUGUUUCUGUAUCUGACAUAUGCCAAUCUGGAAAGAACAUCAGCCCAGAUCCAGUGGACAAGCUUUUGGACUUUCACCAUGAGUCAACUUCUCAGGAGGGUACAUCAACUGAUAACAGGUGCUCAGAUUCUGGAACUUCGCCUGACUCAGAAGUUAUCAACCUGGUUCCGGAUACUCAAAUAAAUGAGGGAGAUCCGGGAGAGUUGAAUGAUUUAAUUCCGUCUAGGCCAUCUGUUGUUCCUGGGGAUGUUCCGAGUUUGCGUGUGUAUGACAGGAGCAAGAAAGGAAGGAAAAAAGAUAGGCUCCCAAGGUUUUCCAGUUCUGGUUCGAAAGAUCUGCUUAGUCCAGAUAGUAUGAGCAAUACCCAAAUAUUUGGUCAACUCAUCCAAGGAGAAACAGUACGAGGGGUCUCUUGUUAUUCUGAUACUUCUGCUCUAACAAUAGGUAGAAUUGGCUCAGGCAACAUAUCUAGCACUGAGAUUGUUUCAGGGGAACUGUUACCUUGUUCAGGAGUGUCGGACUUCAGUAUCUCCUGUGCUACGUCAAAGUUUGGAAGUGGCAUAGAGGGUAAUAUUUCUUCUAGCCUUGGCACCGAGUCACCAGAAACUGAGUUGUCUGAAAAAGUGGUAUCUUGUCAUGAUGAACAAAAUAUACCCGAAGGUGAAGGAUCAAAUGCAUCUGGCAAAGGCAGGUCACAGGUCCCGAAUCCGAAGUCAUCCAAAAGUAGAGGAAGUGCUUCUAAAAAGAAGGGAAACAAAGAAAAGCAAGAUAAUAAGCUUGAAGUGAGUCAUGAGAAUGACCAAGUCAAGAGUUUAUCCGAGGUGAAACACCACCCAGGAACAGAAAACGAAGCACCAUACGGGUUUGGAGAAGUUGGAUCCAGAAAUGAAACCUUAAGUGGAGGCAUUUCUGACUUGGACAUCCUGCGGAGUGAGGUGAGUCGGCCUUAUUUACAGCCAAGAAAUGCGUGGGUGCAGUGUGAUGAUUGCCAGAAAUGGAGGCGUAUAGCUUCUGCACUUGCUGAUCAAAUUGAAGAAACAAACUGCAAAUGGACUUGCAAGGAUAAUUUGGUUAGAGACUUGGCUGAUUGCUCGAUUGCACAAGAAAAAUCAAAUUCAGAAAUUAAUGCUGAGCUGGAAAUAUCAGAUGCGGAUGGCGAGGAAGAUGGCCUCGGUAUACGCUUGAAUUCAAAUCGUUCAGGACAGAAUAAGGCACUUGUUUCCCAUCAAUCAUCUUGGACUCUGAUCAAGAGAAACUUAUUCCUGCAUCGUAGCCGCAAAAGUCAGACUAUUGAUGAGAUCAUGGUCUGCCAUUGCAAGCCUUCAGACCGCCGAAUGGGAUGUGGAGAUGGAUGCCUGAACCGGAUGCUCAACGUUGAGUGUGUCCGAGGGACUUGUCCAUGUGGAGAACGCUGUUCGAAUCAGCAGUUCCAGAAACGUAAGUAUGCUAAAUUGAAGUGCUUCAAAAGUGGAAAGAAGGGUUAUGGUCUACAGCUGCUUGAGGAUGUCAUCGAAGGGCAGUUUCUUAUUGAAUAUGUUGGUGAGGUGCUGGAUUUGCAUGCAUACGAGGCAAGACAAAAGGAGUAUGCCCUGAAGGGUCAUAAGCAUUUUUAUUUCAUGACACUAAAUGGCAGUGAGUUUAUAGAUGCGUGUGCUAAAGGGAAUUUGGGCCGUUUCAUUAACCAUAGUUGUGAUCCUAAUUGCCGAACAGAAAAGUGGAUGGUCAAUGGAGAGGUUUGCAUUGGACUCUUUGCUCUAAGGGAUAUCAAGAAGGGUGAGGAGGUUACAUUUGAUUACAAUUAUGUGCGCGUCUUUGGGGCUGCUGCAAAAAAAUGUGUCUGUGGCUCGCCUCACUGUCGGGGCUAUAUAGGUGGAGACCUACUGAAUACAGAAGUGAUAGUUCAGGCUGAUUCAGAUGAUGACUAUCCUGAACCCGUUGUUUUCUGCGAGGAUGGUGACAUGGGUGAUGAACUAAAUAAAAUCCUAUCUGCAAGAAGUUCAUUUAAUGCCACAGAAAUUAGAACUCAAAGGGAAACACCUAAAAACAACUAUAAACUGGAUGAACUAUCUACUGGAAACCUGGAGAAUUCCACCCAAAUACUCACUGGGAAUAUAAUGGAACAAGAAAAUUCCAACAUGGAUAACUCUGUUGUUUUUAGCUUGAAGAUCAAGGAGGAAAGCAACAAGUUCCAUAACGAAUCUCCUUCAUCAUCUCUGAAGAAGCUGGAAUUAUCUGAGGCAAUGGAGGGGCUAGAAAGCCUGCUGCAUUCUUCUGUACGACCUGUGGGAAAUUCCUUGCAGUCGGAAGAUAUAACCACUGAAACCAUAUCUGAAGACAAAAAAGAGUGCUUAGAUGCUGACAACGUUUCUUCUGCACUGCCAUCUCCAAAUGCUAUGCUUAGCAAGUCUUUGAAGAAGAAAUCAGGCAAAGGGGGAGCCAGUGGUGAAUCUUCAAAAUCUUCUCGUCGAUCAUCUUCAGUUAAAAAGGGAAAAUCGAAGGAUAGUGCUGUGAAUUUAACACCAGUACCUGAUAUGGACAACAAAUUACAAAUUCCACAACCUAAAUUCAAGAAACCAACACAUGAUUCCUCAAAUGGUCGUUUUGAAGCAGUCGAAGGGAAGCUUAAUGAGUUGCUGGAUCAUGAUGGUGGAAUAAGCAAACGCAGGGAUGCAUCUAGGUGCUACUUGAAGCUCCUCCUUUUAACUGCUGCUUCAGGGGAUAGCUGCAAUGGUGAAGCUAUUCAGAGUAACCGGGAUCUUUCUAUGAUCCUUGAUGCGCUUUUGAAGACCAAGUCACGCACUGUUUUGGUGGAUAUUAUUAACAAGAAUGGUUUGCAGAUGUUACACAACAUAAUGAAACGAUACCGGAGGGAAUUCAAUAAGAUCCCAAUUCUCAGAAAGUUGCUUAAGGUUUUAGAGUAUCUGGCUGUGAGAGAGAUUCUUUCGCAUGAGCACAUUAAUGGAGGUCCCUCUAGACUAGGAGUAGAGAGCUUUAGGGACUCAAUUUUAGGAUUGACAGAUCAUAAAGACAAACAGGUUCAUCAAAUUGCCAGGAACUUCAGAGAUAGGUGGAUACGUAGACCUCUCAGAAGAAGUAGCUGCAUUGACAGAGAUGAAAGCCAGAUAGACUUGCAUCCUAGUCCACGGCACAAUAGGCGUUCACCAUUACAAGACCAUUGUGGUGUGAAACCUUCAGAAACAGAAGAAUUUCCCUGCCAUUUAAUGGUAGAAUCUACUACGACAGAUGCUGGUGUCCUGGAUGGCUCAUCUACUUCAUGUGUUGUUGGUGCACCCAAUGGGGCAAGGAAACGUAAGCGUAAGAGUCGAUGGGAUCAAGAAACAAACUUAAAUUUAGAUCAAAGAGUUGAAACCAAUGCGGCUGAUGAUCGAACGUGGGACAUAGAUGGUGCUCCCCCUGGGUUUUCAGUCCCCAUGAAGGCCUCUAGAAUCUCAUUUGGUGCUUCUUCAAGCGCAGAUUGCAGUCUCCAAGAACAUAGUUACGAAAAGCAUCCGCAUCCAAUGGUCACAGGACAUUUGCAGCAGAGGUUUAUUUCACGAUUGCCAGUCUCCUAUGGAAUUCCACUUUUAAAAGUGCAGCAGUUUGGGUCACCUAAAAUAGGAAGGCGUGAUGCUUGGGAUGUCGCCCCAGGAGUACCUUUUCAUCCUUUUCCUCCUUUGCCUACAUAUCCCCGUGAUAGAAGAGGUCCUAUAUCUUCUGCAGAUGAUGCUGGAAUUUUUAGUGAGCUACCUCAAAAUCGAGGACAAGGUCGCCAUUCUUGUUUUUUGGGCCACUCUGCUCAUAAUCCUCCAUGCCUAUCCGGGGCAAGCCUCCCGCCAGACGGUGUAAAUACCCAAUUUGAUUCUGAACGAGCUAAGAGCUAUCAUAACUUAGGAAGGAAAUAUUUUCGGCAGGAGAAGUGUAUUAAUUCAAAAAAGUCCUCCGUGGCAUAGGGGUUGAAGUGGCUGGGGGUGCACAGGAAACAACUCAAAAGAUAGUGUGUGCAGUGUAGGUGUAAACAAACAGAGAAUGAAUUUAGGAGUUCCCAUAUCCCUAAAAUGGAGAAUUUGGAGCAUACUUCUCAACAGAAUCAUUCACAACAGACAUAGCUUUUAACUUCCAUAGGCAAAAGCCCUCAGGAGCUUCCAAGUUUUUCUCCAGUGCUCCUUUGUACUGAUAAUUCGUUUGCCACCAACAGAAUUGUAAAGCACUUAUUCUGUUUUGGGGGUCUGAGUCCAUAAAUUCUUUUUCCUUUUUCUGUUGUUGUUAAGGUUUAAGAAAAAAAGAUACUCUGAUUCGAAGUGUGCUGCAUUGGCAAUAUCAUUAUUCAUGCCUCAUAGAGGUAACCUUCCUAAUUCUUUUAAUUUUUAAUUGAAAUGGGAAGCACCGUCAGUGAAAUAUGAUAUAUUUAUGUUGCUACAUCCUA